AAUUGCAUAAUAAAAGAGUUUCAGACGUAGCAUUAAAAAAAAUAAUAAAUCAUCUGUGGUAUUUAAAUCCAGAGUGUGUUACAUUUUCGAUAUUUGACGAUCGUGUAGAUAACAGUACGAGACUCAAAAUGGCUGAGAGAAUAUUGAGUACUUACGAUUCAAGCAUAAACGACGAAGAGGAAGAAAUCGAGUUGAAAAAAAAAAUAGGACUUAAAUUUGAAGAUGUUUCACAUUUUAUACAAAAAGAUCUUUUAAUUGACUUAAUAAACUCUAAAUCGAUUGGAAUGUUCAAGAGAUUUCAAAUUUCCACACAGUUUUUAACUAUUGAUCCGGCCAAUUGGAAUAAUCACGAGGACUACAUAACAGGAAAACACAUUAUAAACUCACUAAAAGUCGUGAAUGACACAGCUGAGAGGGGAGUCAAGCUUAUAGAAGAAUAUAAUAAGAAAUUUACAAAAAAUGAAGAACAAAAACAACAUGUAUUACAGACUGUGCAAGACUACCGGAAAAAAUAUCCGCAAAGUGACAGACAAACGCUGAAGAAACCAUUUUAGGUGGCAUUAAUUAACUAUACCUACAAUUCGACGAAAAAAAAUCAUACCUAUUUUUAAU